UUCCCUCUAGUUUCUCUGGAAACUUUUCUCUUUCUUUUUAUCCCUUUGCCAAUGGAGCGAUGCCUCUUCCAGGAGCCAGCAGCAGCCUCCUGCCUCCCCUACAGGCACAGCCUGGGGGAUGCUCUGCUGAGCCCAGAACUCAGGCAGAAACAGGUGAAAAUAUGCAGAUUAAAGGAGAAAGGCCUAGCUUCAUGCUGUGCUUUCUGCCAGCCAGACCCAUGACCCUCCGUGCCAGGUUUCUCCUGGCAUUAUUCAUAGUGGAAGUCCCUUAUUCAUCCAGCUCCUCACCCACACCUGCUCAUCAAAAGGACAGGAGAUAAGAAGGGACAUCCCAGCUUGGAGGAGCCCUGCUGCAAAGCCCUUUCCUUUUGAGGCUGGACAGCUUGGGCUGGAUCCCUCUGAGCCCUCCUGCUUCAGGAUCCCAGCUCACAGAGGGUUCUGAGCCAGCCCUCACCCUACAGUGAGCUCCUGUGUAGUUUUCACAGUCAGGAGUGGUUUUUGGGGUGUUUUGUUUGCAUUUUGUGCCUCUACAGGCUGUGCCUGCUGGGUGCCAGGGGUGGCCAAGCACUGAGCUGCACCCCCAGACUGCCCUGAGCCCCUCAAACUGCUGCGUCUACUUCCAAAAGGGAUUCUCACAACACAGCUCCAGGAACCGCUCAUUGCGUGCUACAAAGCCACCUACAGACAGCCAGUUCCAGAGAACAGGGUGUGUGGCUUGGCCCCAGCAGCCUGAUGGUAAAUGUCAGCCUGCACACAGCUCCAGGGUGAAAUCCUCACCUUUGCUGAUGGUAACACUGCUGUGAGCCCUCCCUGCACCCUCCUGCCCUCCCAGCCAUCAAAGAGCAGCUAAACCACACAGCCAGAGCCGGCUCCACCAGCCCAGGAGAGCUGCUCCAACCUCCAGGCAGGGAAUUGGGAUGAGCAUCACCCUGCUGCGCUGUGUCCUGCGGCAGGGCCGUGCAGAGCCAGCCCUCCGGCCCCAUCCCUGCCCUGCUGGGUGCAGCAUCACCUGCCUGACCCUGCUGGCACCCUGGGAGAGCUCCCUGAGGGACAGCAGCGAGGGAAAUGCACAGACCCAGGUGCUCCUGGGCUGGGUUUCUCUGGGCUGUGUCCACAGGGAGGCAUUUCAGGGUCAGCCACAUCGCCCCCAGCUCACACUGUCCCCUCACCAGCCUCGCUGGUGGCACCUGGCAGUGCCCUCCCUGCAGAGCUCAGGUGCCAGCCCGAGUCCCAUUUGCUAUCCAAGCAUUCUGCAGAACUCUCAUUUCUCCUCAGCCUCUUUCGUUUUCCUCUAAAUUGCCAACCACUUCUCCCAAGCCCCUGAACAGCCUCACCCCAGGGCCAGCCCCACGGUGGCUUUUCCACAGAACUCCCAUUUCCCUGGGCUUUGGUCCCGUUGCUUUUCAUUGUCAUUACCUUACACAAAACACAGCCUGUGGCUUUGUGUGGGACUGGCUGUGCUUCAUCUCAGCACUCCUCAGCUCUGUGGCUGCCAGAUCUGAGUCAGGGGCCCAGAGCAGAGUGGCAGGACAGCAGCUGGUCUGCCCUGGGUGGGAAUAAACCCAGGGCAGGGAGGGGAUCUGCUGCUGGUGCUCUGGCCGGGCUGAGAGCUUGUGGAAGCCCUUGGCCUUUGUCAGGAAGGAUAAGUCAGGGAAAACAGGAGCCUGCAUGUCUGUGCCCACCAUGAUGUUCUCUGAGUCUGUCCAGAGCACUUCUGGUUUCUCUUGCUCUUUUUGUUUGUGUCCUUUCCACUAAUUCCCCAGUGGGAAAUUCCUCUUUUUGAGGAAAAUCACUCUCCAUCACAUGAGGGCCCCAGGAAAGCCCUCAAGCCAGCUCUGAGGCAGAGCAGAGCACUCACACACAGUCUGCUGGGCGGUGAUUCAGCUCCCAGUGUCACCAGAUGGGCAGGACAUUGCUGUGGGGCCAGACCCCACAGCCAUGGGAUCACAGAUGUGCCUGGGGGGCUGCCAGAGCCCUGGGGACAGCGGCAGCCCCUGUGUCACCCUGGAUUUCCAGUGUCACCCCUGUGUGAGGGUGUGUGCAGGACACAGGAGAGCCCAGAGGUUGUCACUGGGCCCCAGAAAUGGAGAAUGGGGAUUUGCAGACUGAGGUAGGGGGAUGAACCCAAAGGAAGGAAAGCCAGAACCCUGUCCUGGGGCUCCAGGGCUGCUCAGAACCUGGCUGGAUUCAGCUGCUGGCAGGACAGGACACAGGAAAACCCCUGUGACAGGUCACCCUCGGUGCUAUCACUCACCUGUGCCGUGCUCCUAACAUCUCAUUUCACAACAAAGCAGCAAAAACAGAGACACCACUCACUCCUACUUGCCUUUCUCAGCACUGCCCCACUUUGCUCAGAAAAGCCCCAAGAAUUCCUCAUCUCAAGCCCUGUCGGAAAAGCCCAGCCCAGGCUGGGGGUGAGUGGGUGGACAGCGAAGAGAAGUGGAAGUGGCUGCUCAGUGACUUUCCUGGCGCUGUCUGAACACCUCGUAGACGUCACUGAGCCAGCCCCCGGGGGAAAAACGAGCGCUCAGCUCCCGCCGGGGCACAGCCCGGCCCCGCGCUCGCCCCGCUGCCACGGAGGAUGCUGAGCAGCCAUGGUCCCCUCUGCCACCGCCCUGGCGCUGUGCCUGGCGCUGCUCCUCGCCUGCCCCACGCACGGUGAGGGGCUGGCCAGGCCCCGGGCCGUGCGCUUCGCCGCGGAGGUGGCGCGGCACCUGCUGAGGUGGGAGCCGGGCCACGGCAGCCCCAGCAACGCCCGCUACGACGUGGAGUACAAAAUCUACGGCUCAAGCAUGCCCUGGACAGCGAUCCCAGAGUGCGGGAAGACCUCGCAGCACUCCUGUGACCUCACCUACUACACCCUGGACCCGGAGCGGCGCUACUACGCGCGGGUCAGGGCCGUGUCCGGGCACCACGCGUCCCUCUGGCAAAGGAGCAGCGCCUUCUCCCCACAGGAAGCUGGCCUGGGCCUGGCGGGCCAGAGCCUCUCCGUGAUGGGCAACUCCAUCCAGGUGCGGCUGCAGCUGCUGCUGCGCGCCGGGAACGUCACCCUGCGGUACAGCGAGCUGCAGAGGACCAUGAGCCGCUACCACGUGCACGUCCGGAGGACUCGGGACAACCACACGUUCACAGUGGUGGAGAACAGCACGGAGUUCACCAUCAGGGAGCUGUUCUGGGUCACAGAGUACUGCCUGAGCGUGGAGCCCCGCAUGGCCAACAGGCGCGUCCCCAGCGCGCGCACCGACGAGCAGUGCGUCACCACCGGCCACAGGGACAGGAGCUCAGAGCUUCUCCCGGGCAUCCUCAGCUCCUCCCUCAUCAUCCUGCUGCUGCUGGGCCUCCUGGGGGCUCUGCUGGCCUGUGCCUACAUCAGGAAACCUGUGAGGACGCCGUCUGUCCUGAAGUCCUUCAUGAAGCAGAGCUCGCUCUGGGUGGAGCAUGAGCCCCCCUCCUCGGGCAGCCUGGACGCAGACCCCAUGCAGCAGCUCAUCCUGUGCCAGAAGGAGCCGGACAGCAGCCCUGGAGGCAGCACCAGCACAGCCCAGCCGGCCCUGGAGCGGGGCUGGAAGCUCCCAGCAUGGCCCAAGGACCAGCUGUGCCUGCUGGGGCCCACGGGGAGCAGGGACAGCAGCGGCACCAGCACCGACAGCGGCAUCUGCCUGCACAUCCCCUCCUCCUCCUCCUCCACCUCCUCCUCCUCCUCCUCCUCCUCCCUGAGCUGCUCCACAGCCCCUGAGCCCCAGGGCUACAGGCAGCAGCUGCCCAGGGCUGAGGACAGUGGGAUGGGCUUGGAGAGCCCCUGCCCUGCUCCUGGCUGCUCCUCUGGCAGCCCAGGGGAGCCCGGGCUCUCCCCUGCCAGCGGCCAGGACGAUGUGGAGUUCCGGGGGUACCUGCAGCAGUCCAAGGGCACCAUGGGGCCAGAGCAGGCCCCGGGCAGGGGAGUGCCCCUCCUGGGCUGUGCAGGGUCCGUGCAGGGCCUGGGCAGCACCGACACCGUGCUGGACACGGAGUGCCCCGAGCUGCCUGUGUCCAAGGGGUAUCUGAAGCAGUCUGCCCCCCAGCACCCCCUCACACAGGACCCUGUUCCACAGGGAGCUCCUGCCUGGGACUUCUCCAGCCAGGUGGGGCCCCAAGCCCCCACUCUGCUGAGCUGGGCAGCUCCAGGUGCUCCAGUGACCUCCAAAGGCAGCCCUGAUCUGAAAACUCCCUUUGACCUGAACAUCUUCAGCACCACUGCCUUCCUGGGGACGCUGCCGCUCGUCUCCAGCCUCAGCUCCGGCUGGACCACGCCACCCCUCCAGCCCCUGGGGCAGCUCAGCGGGGACAGCAAGGACAGCCGCCUGUGACCGUCCCCUGGGGCCACCAGCCCUGUGCUCUGACCCAACUACCUCAAGUGCCACUGGAUAAGCUACCCUCGACCCCUGAAUGUUCACGGUGCCAGGCCCAGCCGUGGCCCAGGAGCACCAGUUCAGCCACUGGUGGGGCUGUUUGAGCCCAGUCCUGUGGGCAGCCCCCAGUGCAUCCCUCCAGCCAGUCCAGCUAACGGAGACACGGAUGGGCUGUGCUGGAGGGGCUCAUCACACCCUCCUCGGGCCACCAAGGAUCCACACCAGGGCUGCAGGGCCACCCUUGGGCCUUGGGCAGUCUGUGCUCCCACUUCCCCUUCCCUGGGCCAGCUAGGCUCCUCCUGCUGAUGUCCACACUCCCGGUGCCAUCCCAGCCUUUCACAACACAGCCACCGAGAGCAGACGUCAGCCUGACAUCAGCACCCUGCUGCUGGCAGCACGGGGCUCCUGCCCUGCCUGGCCCCACGUGGAUGGGCCGAGAGACUUCCCUGACCCUACAGCGACCCUUCAGCACCCCCUGGGAAAGCCCCGGGACAGGACAUGGGAUGCACCUACGAGCCCAGCAUGAGCCAGGGCAGUCCUACCCACACUAUGGUCUGUGUUCUGCCACUGUUGGAUACAGACAUUAUUUAUUGUGAUUAAUUUGUAAAUACAGAGCGGAUGCGGUGUUAUUUAUUUGGUCUGUUUGUCUGUUCAUCCUCUCCUAGGGCUUUCUGUUUCCAGAUUUGGACAUUCCCCACCAGCAAGAGGCAAUGUGCCUUUGUCUGAUGUGGGGAAGAGCAUUUCCACAUCACAACUGGGAAAAAAGGGAGCCAAGCCAGCUCUCCAAGAGCUCCUCAAGCACCUGAGCUCCUGGGUGGGGAAUUUGUGGGAGCAAUCACCAGAGGAGCACAGGGAAAAGGAGCUGGGCUGCUCCCAGUGAUCCCACAGGGAUCCCUUGGGACAUCACCAGGGAAGGGCAGGAGCAGAGCAAGACAAACCCAGGGGUGGAGGAAAGACAACAAGCAGGGCCCUGCUGAGCAGCGUGGUGCUCAGUCACAGGCUGGGCUCGAUGACCUCAGAGGUCUUUUCCAAACUCACUGAUUCUGUGACGCUGCUGUCGUCACAAUGGAAACAGGAUGAGACCGAACAGCUCAGCCUGGCUCAGCUCCCAGCCCACAGGGAAGUUUUUCCACUCUGUUUCCAGGAACCUUCACGGUGGGACACAGUAAAACUGCAGGCAGAAACCCUCCUCGGGGAAUGUGGUUUUCAGGUGAAGGGGUUUUGGGUUUAUUUUCAGCUUUUCCAGCGCAGGCAGGAGGAGGGGGCUGCCCCUUGCUGUGUUUCCUUCUCUUGCACCUCACGUGGCACUGCUCACACGUGAGUUCCAUCCCUGCAUCCCACAGGGACAUGGAGGGCACUGGGAGCCUCCUCCUGCCCCUCCACUGGCCCCAUCUCUUCUGCC